GUUGGGGUUUUCUUUCUUCGAAUUUCCCAUCUUAUAUAAAUUAAAUUCUCCAUCUUUUUUGGGUGAUGAUCUUUAUAUAAUAAAUUCAAGACAUGAAAGAGAUUGCAGGUUCCCUCCGCGGCAAAACCUACUUCUUGCCUCCACAGUUUACAAUCCCACUCGUCCGCCGUCCUUUUUCCCAACUAUAAUUUAGUAAAGUUUACCUAGCAGCAGCAAAACUUCUUCCGGCCUCUCAUUUCCUUUGCCAGCCAUGUCCCUAUAUAGUUAGGAUUUCGGUCUGCUCUGGUCUCGAAUCCCCGCAUCAAUGGCCGCUACGAGUUCCAGUUCCUGGAUUUCAUUGCAGGACCAUGGAGGGAUACCGAUUUCACGGUAUAAGAAUUCCAUUCCAAGUGGCGUUUCGUGGUUCCGCCAUGGGUUCAGGCCCAGAUUCCCAAGCCACCCUUCUGUCAAAGGCAAAGGCUUCCCUCUAUCUACACAUUUUAAUAUUAUUAAAAUUAAUAAUAAUAUUGAUAUCCGUGUAAAUGACGGAAGGACGGGAGUCUUGGUAAAUUGCCAUCUUUUCGGCGAAGAAAUGGAACUUGGAAUCGCCAACGAACGUAACCCUGACAAGGACGAGCAGUCCGUAAGGUGGUUUCGAGAAGCUUGGCCCUACUUUCGAGCGCAUAGAGGUAGCACCUUCGUUGUCAUCCUUUCCGGAGAAAUUGUCGCUGGUUCCUCCUUGGAACCCAUUCUAAAGGAUAUCUCUCUCCUUCAUGGCCUGGGGAUCAGAUUUGUUCUUGUUCCUGGGACUCAUGUGCAAAUUGACAAGCUUUUGGCUGAAAGAGGACGCACGGUCAAAUAUGUUGGUCAAUACCGAAUUACAGACUGUGAUUCUCUGGAAGCAGCGUUGGAGGUAGCUGGGAGAAUCCGUACUUUGAUGGAAGCAAUGCUUUCACCUGGACCUCCAAUUUGUAGUAUUCGUCGUCAUGGUGAGAAUAGUCGUUGGCAUGAUGUUGGUGUGAGUGUUGCAAGUGGUAAUUUUCUUGCAGCUAAGAAAAGAGGAGUGGUUAAUGGCGUUGACUUUGGAGCAACUGGUGAAGUAAAGAAAAUAGAUGUUUCUCGUAUACGUGAGAGGCUUGAUGGCGAUUGUAUAGUACUAUUAAGCAAUCUGGGUUAUUCCAGCUCUGGAGAAGUUUUAAAUUGCAACACUUACGAAGUUGCUACUGCUUGUGCCUUAGCUAUUGGAGCAGAGAAACUCAUUUGCAUUGUUGAUGGACCAAUCUUAGAUGAAGACGGGCGGCUGAUUCGUUUCAUGACUCUACAGGAUGCAGACAUGUUGAUCCGUGAGCGAGCUAAGCAAAGUGAAAUAGCUGCAAACUAUGUAAAAGCUGUUGGUGGAGAAGAUAUCUCUUACUCUGGAUAUCUUGAUUCCAGUGGGACGAGUCUAAAACCUCAGAAUGGAAUGAGUUUCAGUAAAAACAAUAACGCAACAUUUCACAAUGGUGUUGGCUUUGACAAUGGUAAUGGAUUAUGGUCUGGUGAACAGGGGUUUGCUGUUGGUGGUGAAGAGCGGUUGAGUAGAUUAAAUGGUUUCCUUUCAGAAUUAGCUGCUGCAGCUUUUGUUUGCAGAGGUGGUGUUCAAAGAGUUCAUUUAUUAGAUGGCACCAUUGGUGGAGUUUUGCUAUUAGAGUUGUUUCAAAGAGAUGGAAUGGGGACUAUGGUGGCUAGUGAUCUGUAUGAAGGAACUCGGGCAGCUACAGUAAUUGAUAUCCCUGGAAUUAAACAAAUUAUAAAGCCUCUGGAAGAGUCUGGGACUUUGGUUCGGAGGACUGACGAAGAGCUACUUGAAGCAUUGGAUUCAUUCAUUGUUGUGGAGAGAGAAGGACAAAUCAUUGCAUGUGCUGCCCUUUUUCCUUUCUUUGAAGAGAAGUGUGGAGAGGUUGCUGCUAUUGCUGUGUCUCCUGAGUGCCGUGGAGAAGGUCAGGGGGACAAAUUACUUGAUUACAUUGAGAAGAAGGCGUCAUCCCUCAGGUUGGAGAGGCUUUUUCUGCUUACAACCCGAAGUGCAGAUUGGUUUGUGAGGCGUGGCUUCUCAGAGUGUUCCAUCGAGUCUAUACCCGAGGCACGGAGGAGAAAGAUAAAUCUCUCCCGUAGAUCAAAAUAUUAUAUGAAGGUGCUGCAGCCAGACAUGAGUGGCAUUUCAGUUCAUAGGGUGUUGAACAGAAGUGGCUAAAUCAAAAGGUUUUGCUUCUAUUUCAUGCGAGUUAAUGUAGGUCAUUUAGCUCUGCCAACUAGUACAAUCCCCUGGAAGGUGUAUCAAUGAUAGGCACUAGUUUUGUAGCUAGGUUUCUGAGUGCUGAACUUAGACCCCAACCAUCCCUCUCUUCGUGCGGAAGGGGCUGUGAUUAGAGCCACCUCCAUUUGUUUAUUUGGUUAAUCUUAAUGAAAAAAAUAUACUUUAUUGGCAA